CCGAGGGAAACUCUGUCCAUUCCCCUCGCCGAAGACGCCGACCCCACCACCCCUCAGCAGGUGCAUAUUUCCAUGGUGGGGUCCAACAGGGUGAGAGUGACGUGGCUAACGGAGGAUGACGCGCCUGCAACGGUGGAUUACGGGUCGAAGCAAGGAAACUACGGCGAGUCGAGCACAGGCUCUUCUUCGUCUUAUACAUUUUCUGCACUUUACACGUCGGGUAAUAUCCACGAGGCGGUGAUUGGACCGUUGGAUCCGGAUACGGUGUACUAUUACACCUGCAGCGGUAAUCCUACGCGGGAGUUCUCGUUUAAAACUCCUCCAGCUAGUCUCCCAAUCACAUUCGCCGUUGUCGGUGAUCUAGGACAAACGGGUUGGACCAACUCAACGCUAAAUCAUAUCUCUCAAUCCAACUAUGACAUGCUCCUUCUUCCCGGCGAUCUCUCUUACGCUGAUCUUGACCAGCCACAAUGGGACUCUUACGCCCGCCUCGUCGAGCCACUGGCCAGUAGCCGCCCAUGGAUGGUCACAGAAGGCAACCACGAGAUCGAGACCAUACCUCUCAUCGAAUCCACCCCCUUCAAACCUUACAACGCUCGAUACCAUAUGCCACAUGAAGAAAGCGCCUCACCUUCAAAUCUUUUCUACUCAUUUGACACAGCAGGUGGUGCCAUACAUGUCCUUAUGCUCGGCUCAUACACUGAUUUUGACACCGGCUCGGAUCAAUUCCAAUGGCUGCAGGCUGAUUUAGCCAAGCUUGAUAGAUCCAAGACCUCAUGGUUGUUUGCGUUGAUCCAUGCACCAUGGUACAAUUCUAAUAAGGCACAUCAGGGGGAUGGCGAGGACAUGAGGGAGGCCAUUGAGGAGAUUCUUUAUGCUGCCCGCGUAGAUGCAGUUUUUGCUGGUCACGUCCACGCCUAUGAGCGCUUUAAUAGAGUGUAUGACAAUAAUGAGGACCAGUGUGCGCCGGUGCACAUCACGAUUGGUGAUGGAGGAAACAGGGAAGGGCUUGCGAGCAAAUACAUUAAGCCGCAACCAAGCAUUUCUUUGUUCAGGGAGGCGAGCUUUGGACAUGGGCAGCUAUAUGUUGUGAAUAACACUCAUUCGUUGUGGAGUUGGCACCGGAAUGAUGAUGAUGAGGCAGUGGUUGUUGAUAGCGUGUGGAUUACUAGUCUUCUUUCCAAUCCUGCUUGUCAGAAAAAGAUGUGAAUGUUGACAAAAAAAAAAAAUUGAAAUAAUGUUAGUUAAUUUAUAUUUGUGUGCUUGUAUGCAAAUUCAAUGAUGUAAAGGAAUUAAAGAGUUAUUUUUUAAUUGGGAUAAUUACAU